AUGGCAAAAAAUGGUAUAGACGGACCGAGGGAUGAUUUCAGUAAAAUACCAGAGGAAGAACUUAUGAAAUGGAGCAAAGAAGAAUUAGUAAAAAGACUGAGAAAGGUGGACGGCGAGAAGAUGAGUUUAAUGGUGGAACAUGGGAAUAUGAUGAAGGACGUGAACCGGAGGCUGCAGGUUCAUCUCCACGAGAUUCGGAGUUUGAAAGAAGUCAACCAGAAGCUUCAGGACGAUAACAACGAACUCAGAGAGUUGUGCUGUUUCUUGGACGAUGACAGGCAAAAGGGCAAGAAACUGUCGCGCGAAUGGCAGCGGUUCGGCCGGUAUACCGCCAGCAUCGUGUGGAAAGAGGUUGGUGUGUACCAGCACAAGUUGAAAGAGCUGGAGGCUAACCAGGAGACGGUGAUGAGGGAAAAUGGGGAACUGAAGGAGAUUAUAUUGAUGCUGGAUGAGGAGAGGAACGGUGCCGGGUCCAGAAGUUCAAUAGACAGCCAAACUAGCUUGAGCAAUCUAAACGGGGGGUCUGGCACGGUCCGCGACGUGGGGGACGGUAGCAGCACCUCCAGCGCAGGCAGUGCCGGGAGUCCGGAUCAUCAUCAUAAUCACAUAGGCCUUCACAAGCCUGCCGACACCAAGAUCUCAAACAUGGGGAGGUCCAUGGAUGACAUUUCCAACACCCAUCUCCACAGAAGCAUCCCCAAUGGACUGAAUGAUGUGAACUACAUCCGCCAACUGGAGAGCAAGGUUCGGAUAUUAGAGGAUGACAAGAAUAAGCUGCUGGCACAGCAAGGCACUGUGGGAGAUCUGAAGACGCUAAAAAAGGGGCUGACCCUCUACCACUCUGAGUCCCAGCUGUCCUCACUCGUCCACUACCAAGAGGCUCUGCAGAAUGGCUCUGGCUGCAGUCCAGCUGGAGAGGUCAACUCCCCGUCCACCCCCUACCUGCCUCCUGCGCAGAAGCCCGAGGCCAUGGUCCACGCCAUGAAGGUUCUUGAGGUGCAUGAGAACCUGGACAGACAGAUCCCUGAGGACUACGAGGAAGACCUGAGUGAAAAAGAAAAGGCCAUCGUCAGAGAGAUGUGUAACGUGGUGUGGCGUAAGCUGGGAGAUGCCACAGGCUCAAAGCCCUCCAUCCGACAGCACCUCUCUGGGAACCAGUUCAAAGGACCUUUGUAGCCACAGCAUCUAAAGCCAGCACCCAGCCGUCUAAAGCAAACAAGCAUACCCCGUAAAACGAGACGACAGACACCACGACGCACCGUCCACCUCCUGGACAGCCCUCUUCCUGGAGAGAGAUCGACUGGCCGACGGAGGAAGCGCUUGCACAGCUCUUUUUUCCCUCAGCUCAUGCUGUGGCCAUCUCCUGUUCCCUCCGCUCCUCUCAUCCUUCAAAGCAAUCACGAAAAAACACAAACAAACAAGACACACACACACACACACACACACACACACACACACACACGCAACAUCUGCUGACAAAUCAGUGCCGUGCUAUUCUCAGUGUUAUACAUGCAGUCUUGAGGACAGACAAACUAAUUUGACCAAAAUAGGCCAUUCCAAGUAUUACUCUAGAGGUUGAAACACUGUGCGGUUUUUUGUUAUUUUCUUCACCAUAUUUUUGGAUGUUCCUAACGUGUGUUCAUGACUCCAGGACAUGUUGGCAGAUUGGAACCAUCUCUGACCUUGGAUAGGUUUUUAGCCACACCUUGAAAAUCUGUGUGCUCGACUGAAAAAAGCUUUUCUAAACAUAGAACUGCACCUACAGGAAACACACCAAGGCUGACUAAUCAUGACAUUAUUUUUCUAUCGGUAUAUAUCUUCUUCUUGAGUGACCAUGUGUAAAGUAUAUGAGUUUAUUAACAACUCUCAGUUCCAUAACUUCAGUGCUUCAUAACUAUGGGCAUACAGUACAUGGAGAGAUAUGCUAUAUGCUAUGGUGAAUUGGGGGAAGGAGACGUUGUGUGUCCGUGUAUGGGAGUGUGUGUGUACAGUAUGUGUGUGUGUGUUUGUGUUUUCCUCCACUGACUGAAUCAUUGUAAUAAUCCCAGUGUCCAUCAGAUGAAGCAAUACAAACCCAGUGGUGUCUGGACCCUCUGCCACUGAUGGGGAGUCCAGAUGUUAAGUGCCACUCAGGGAACUCAUAGAGUCAGGACCCGUAGUGUUGGCAUCAGACAAGGCUGUGCCAAAACCCAGAGCCUUCAGCUCCUCGCUUGAGUUGGCACAUCUGAGUCAGAAUAACAGGAACACUUAAGAAGUCAUGCCAAGAACCUUCCUUCAUUUUAUGAAGAAGCAGAUCUGAAAUCUGACAAUCAUUUUUAAUGAUAAUUAAAUGCAAUCCAUGCUCACAGUUUCCAUCUGUCAUUCAGAACAUAGCCUAUACGUGAAACAACCAGGAACAUGAAUAAUUUGACAGUGAGCUGAUCCAGUUGGACCCAGAUGUGAACCACAACUGGGCCGGAGGUAGCGAUUGCCUUGGAAGCACUUAGCUUAUCAUGCCCCCACAGCAGCCAGAUAGGACAGAAUGGCAAUUCAUCGGUCACAUGACUGAACUCAUUUGGAGUUCUAGCCCUCUAAUCCUUGACCAUAAUGGACAAGUCAUCGCAAUACGGCUGCGUGCUGUCAAGACUGCAAAGCAAGGCUGUCUGUCUGAGUGGACGCUCAAGCCAUUAGGAUUUUCCCUAAAGUUACAUCACACAGGCCUCACGCAUUCCGCGAUCAGAUCUGGCAUCAGUGUAAGAUCUGCACUCUAUUAAAGCCUGGUGUUGUGGCCAUUCACGGUGUCAGAUGUCUCAACAAAUGUGCGGGUCAGAUCGCUUUAAGACCUUCCACUUUCAUUUUGUGUGUGUGUGUGUGUGUGUGAGUGCGUGUGUGUCUGUGUGUGCGUGAGUCUGUGUGUACUCUCUUAGGUACAGCACAACCUGCCUCUCACUCUCUGAGAUCCUCUGGUCACGUCUGCUAUGAGUUCUCUGACCAAGCCACAGUCCAACGCUGUGUUGCCAUCGAGGUCUUCUAGUGUACUGUAGUCAGCGUGUAGCCUACCACAACAGGCAUCGCUAACAUGGCGACUGCUGCAGCCACACUUGCAAUACGCUAGCUGCGCAGCUCCUGUUUUCUCAGUGAAACAGUGUGAGAGCAGCAAGCAGAAACGUUCAGUGAAGCAAUGGCCACUGUCCGAGAGUGGCAAACAAGCAUCUAUUUUGACGAGUUUAGAUAUCACAGUGUUUUGAGCUGUCAAAAUAUCACAGUGUUUUGAGCUGUACUGUAGCUGUGAACAGCUCACAGAUUGUCAUCCAUCGGGAAAUGCUUUCAGUUUGACAGUGGCGUUAGGGUGUCUUCGGCCUUUGGUCUCUUUGUCUGGUUUUUAUACUGUACAGUAUGUGGAUAUGCCUGCUGUAGCUGGGUUAAGAGCACUAAAGACAGACUGUACAAGCAUAUCUGGUUCUUUUGAUAGUAGCAACUAUGUUGCCCCAUUGUGUUCUGGUACCAUGAUUUGGAUUUCAAAUUGUCAUCUUGUAGCAUACUGUACUUUCUUCGGUACGAACCACACUCUCCAUUUUCUGUUUUGACAAUUUCUAACUGUUUGGUCUCAGUGUGUUUUUUUGUUAGUUUGGCUCCAGUUCAAACUAUAACUGAGAGGGGGACAAGUAGCACAGAAUUAUUGGUGAUGACAUCUGUUUCAGAGUCUUUGAUUCUCUGACCUGUCCAACCACUGUGGGGCCAUAUGGAUUGAUGUUAAAUGUGUCAAUGGGAUUCUCACCUUUGCCAGUUUAAGUCCUGCUUCACUGUACAGAAGUGAGAGUGAAUGCACAUUUAGUGCAUUAUUUUAGCACAUGUUGAGAACUUUUAGCCAAAGUUCUUUGUGUGUUCGAUUGAGGACUAAUCGGUUAUUUGUGUACUUUAACUGUUAAGCUGACCGUGUAAGGGCUCAGCGUCUCGUUUGUACACUACAGAAGUUUGGUCGUACCACUUGAACAUUUGAUUAAGCUGGAUCAUUGGGGACUCAAGUCAGACCUCCUUGUGAUAACCACCAACCACUGAUUUGUGUGUGCAAUUGUUUUUAGAUAUCUCAGCUGAGGUCUACAGUAUGUGUAGCGUGUGCGAUCUCGGCUUGGUGUUGCAUUGCUAAUGACACGUUUUCACCUAAUGAAGUCACACGAACUCUCCUGCUCAUGUUGUCAAUGAUCCCUUAGUUAAGUCCUGUCCAUACCAUCUAUAUGGUCUCUGAGCUAAGCUAUAUAUUGCUAACAGUGUCUUAGCAAAGCUAUAUGAUCUAUGUCUUUGAGUGUUGCAGUGUCAUUACUGAAGUCAAUAUAUGUGCACAUAGCUCAUAACUACUGUAUAACGGUGGUAACUCAUAGAAAUAUGACGUGCAAUAUACUGUGUAUGAGCUGUGUACCUGAGACCUAUGUGAGUUCCUAAGCAGAAACUUGUGUAACAGGAAGCUCUCAGCAAUAUACAUCCGUUCAUUGGAGCCAUUGUGUAUUGUUCAUGUCUUUUCUUGGCCUUGGCGCUCAAGAUUUGACACUGUUUCUUAAGGACAUUUGCUGCAUCUAGUUACCUGUAUUCAAAUGACAGAGGGUAAAUGACUUUUUUUUUUAAAUUGGUAUGCAUAUGUAUAAAUUAACAUCUGAGAAAUUGGGAUCGUUUGAUAUGUAAAAUAUGCACAGUUUUGGUUAAAGAAACAGUUCUCAUUGAACGACUGAGCAAAAUUUUAUGAGACAAUUAUGAAAGGGGGACAAUUAGUUAAGAACGAAAGAUGCAGCAGGUGGCUUUGGUCUGUGUAAAAACACAUGUGGUCUGCCACAAGUUGAUGUCUAAGGUAAUAUACUGUACAUAGACAAAAUGAGCAGCAAUCAUUUGAUGAAUGAAGAAAUUGUUUAUAUUUGACAUAUUAAGUGAACAGAAUGUUGUUUGAAUUGAAUUGGAAUUGAACUCACUUAAACUGUUCUUCAAACGGUAUAUUCUGAAGUUCAGAAAUGCUGUUUUAAAAUUCACCUCAAACGCAAGUGUAAAUACACACAUUUGUUGAAAAAAAAAGAAGUAUUUUGAAAAAGUGACCUUUUUAACUGAUAGUCUAUACACAACUACUGACUUUUUAUAUAUUUGUUCAUUUGAAAGCACAAAGUUUAAUUGAUCUUAUUUUCUUAUAUUUUCAUUCAAAUGCACUGCUGCUGUUGUGACAGUGUGUGGUGAAGCGCGUGUGAUUGAUUCAAUAUUAUGUUGUAGACUGUCACUAUGUAAUAUUCAGUAAACUUGUAUCCUUGGAUAUACAGUGUUUGCUAUGUAAAUAGCCUACUUAUUCUAGGAUAUCUUUAGGUAGCAUGCAGUCAUAUAUUUUUCAUAAGAUGUAUCUGAGAAUAGACUGAUAUUUUAGCAUCUGGAAAGAGUUUGGAUCGAAUGGAAUGGUUCUCCUUUAAAGUAUUUACAAUUAAA